CUUUCUACUCCACUGAAGGAGUUUCUUUUUUCUUUCUUUUUUUUAAUCUUCACGAUUCACUAGUUUAUUCAAGUGAAGCCUCUUACGCCUUCACAGACGUGACAAGUUUCCACUCCUCUGCGCUCUCACUUUAUCGUUCAGUUUCCCGUUCUGGGUGCUCAGCCACGGCGCGGCGGCUUCACACUGUUUCACUGUUUCACUGUCAGUUUGUCCGCAUGUUAAAAAGAAGCCAACCUUUUCUCCGUUUGGUGCCACGAGCAGAUGUUACCAUGCGCGAGCUGUUUGGGUGAACUAACACGCGGCUGAGGGAGAGCGGUUUGGAGAAGCGAGCCCCGUUUUGAGUGAUCCUGUGCAGCAUGUGUACUGAAUGGGAAAACGUGAGAAAGGAAGGUGAAAUGAAGACUCGCUCUGGGGAAAAGAAACCUGAAGCAGGAGGAGACACUCAGUAUAACAACACAAGAUGGACCAUGAUGAGAAUCUGCGUCUGAUCAGCCAGUCAUCACUUAUUCUUUGAGACAAACUGAUCACAUAAUCUCAGCAAUGGCAGCACAUAUUCUUCUUUUUCUUUUAUUCUGUAAAGGGGAAAGAAGUGGCAUUUCAGGGGCUGUUGGCCUUUUAGAAGAAGAGAAGGAUUUGCGAGUAAUAUCAAGUAAAAGACAACAGGUUUUACCUCAUCCAGAGUCCAUGGACAACUUUCUUGUGAGUUUCAAAGAAUCACUUCAGAAUGCAAAGGAUGAUAUAAGAAACAUGCCAAAUGUGGCUUUUAGACUAAAUGACAGAAAAUCUAAUGUUUUUGGCUUUAGGGAUAACAUAGAAAGGCAAACAGACAUUCUUAAACAUCCUAAAUCUGCUGCCAAAUCCGUUUUACCUAAACAUAGCCCUGAACUCACCCUGAACCGCGAGAAAAGGAGCAAUUUGACUAAUGGAGAGGUUGAAGGUGUAAUUAAUGCUCACAGUCUAGUGCCGAGUUCAGAGGAGGAGUACACUCUCCAGCCUGAGCUCCAUUUGGAGACAGGUGUCGGUGACGUUCUGCCUGAGAGGACAGGGGGCCGCUCUAAAUGGGUCACGCAGUCUGAAGACGGCCGGUCGGGGCCAUACCUGCUGCGAGAGGAGCCUCGCUCUCGCCGCCGGAGGAGCUGGCUCUGGAAUCAGUUCUUCGUGAUUGAGGAGUACAGAGGACCUGAGCCUGUGCUCAUUGGACGGCUGCACACAGAUAUGGAUAAGGGAGACGGCCGCACUAAGUAUAUGUUAGAGGGAGAGGGAGUGGGCUCUGUGUUUGUUAUUGACAGCAACACAGGCAACAUACACGUCACCAAGUCUCUAGACCGUGAAGAAAAGGACCAGUAUCGUCUCACUGCAACAGCUACAGACCGUCAGACUGGCCGAGCCCUGGAGCCCUCAUCUGAGUUCAUCAUCAGAGUGCAGGACAUCAAUGACAACCCACCUGUCUUCCCCAAUGAACCCUAUGUUGCCAUGGUCCCGGAGAUGGCCAACAUAGGCACGUCCAUAAUCCAAGUCACAGCCAGAGAUGCUGAUGAUCCAACAUAUGGAAACAGCGCCCGGCUGGUGUAUGCCAUUACUCACGGCCAGGACUAUUUCUCCGUGGAUCCUCAAACAGGCAUCCUGCGGACAGCGGUACCUGACAUGGACCGAGAGACUCGGGACGAGUAUCUGGUCGUCCUCCAGGCCAAAGACAUGGGAGGGCAUCUGGGCGGAUUAUCAGGGACUACAACCAUCACUGUGAAGCUGACUGAUGUCAACGACAACCCCCCUCACUUCAGAAGGAGUGCGUGGUCAUUCUCUGUAUCCGAGCUAGCAGCACCAGGUGUGGAGGUGGGCCGUCUCACUGCCACCGAUCCCGAUCUGGGAGAAAAUGCACAGCUGGAGUUUACUAUUCUGGACGCAGAGGAGGCCGAAAUAUUCAAUCUAACCGGAAGAGAUCAGGAGGCUGUCAUUGUGCUGAACAAGCUGCUGGAUUAUGAGACCCGCAAUUCAUACACUUUCUCUGUGGAAGUGGCCAACCCUAUAGUGGAUGCCCGCUACCUAAGGAAAGGUCCCUUUAAGGACCAGGCAACAGUCCGGGUCAUGGUCCUUAAUGCUGAUGAGCCACCGCGAUUCUCCCAGGCUCGCUACCAUCUGGACGUGUCUGAGAACUGCCCCCCUGUCUGCUCUGUUGGCCGGGUCUACGCUGUGGACCCAGACACAGGACAAAGCACCAACAUCAGGUACUCCAUCGAUCCCCAGUCAGACCCCGAGGCUCUGUUCCGCAUCGCCUCUGACACAGGCUUUAUCAGCACAGUGAUGGAGUUGGACCGUGAGCAGGAGCAGUGGCAUAAUAUCACAGUCAUUGCCACACAGAGGGACAAUCCAAAUCUUGUGUCAAGGGUUGUGGUUGCCAUAGAGACACUAGACCAGAAUGACAAUGCGCCGGAGUUGGACAGGCAGUACACAACGUCUGUGUGUGACUCCAGUGCCCCUGGUCAGGUCGUUCAGGUGCUGAGAGCCAUCGACAGGGACCAUGGAGGGCAGGACACCCCGGUCCACUUCAGCAUCCCUCCAGAGUCCGGCUCUGCUCUCAACCUCACCAUCCGGGAAACUGGAGGUGUGACAGCCAGUCUGGUGCUCCAGUCAGCCUUGGAGCCCCUCCCUGGCUUCUCCUCAUCCUUACUCACCCUCUACGUGCCAGUUGUACUGCGCGACGGGGCCUCGGGACUGACCAACACUGGCACGGUCACUGUGACCAUUUGUCCCUGUCUGCGAGGGGGCAUGCAGACAGAGGAUAGGGGGAGACAGAGGGACAGGAGAUGGGAGAGACACAUGGUUUGUCUCCCCGUGCCGUCCGGCUCUACAUCUCUCAUAUUCAGUUUGGUCACCUUACUGGCCAUGCUGGCUUGUGUUACCACUCUGCUGGUGGUGUGUGCACUCUCGCUGUCAUUGCGCCAUCAGAAGCGAGACUCCCACUCACCCUUCGAGGAGGAUGAUGUCAGGGAGAACAUCAUAUCCUAUGAUGACGAGGGGGGAGGGGAAGCAGACACCGCAGCUUUUGACAUUACAGCGCUGCAGAGCAUGCACAGAAUACAGCACAUGCACAACAACAGAAACAUAUGGUACACCCAGCAGAAUCCGCCAAGGGCCAGGACGUACAGCUGGAGUCGUAACCCGCGCCCAGGCCUGGACCCUCAGCAGCGGCCGGGCUCUGCUCCGCUCUACGGACGCCUCUGCUAUGGCAUCCACACGUUGCCUGUUCUGAGAGAUUAUCCAGCCGGGCCACUGGAGGCAGGUCUGCAGCUAACCCAGCUGACCCAUGGGCUCACUGGAGGUCAUAUUGGCAAUUCCCUUGUCAUCCAGAACCAGAGCACCUUUGAGCCACUGCUUCGCUCUCCUGAGAUGAGCCCUGGUUGUUACGAAGCAGAGCACAUGCUGGUGAAGAGUAAAAUCACAGACAGAAAUGAAGGCAGUGAAGCAAACACUGCUGACUCUAAAGAGAAUCAGGAUCAGGCCAAGAUAAACGCAGAAACGGAGUCGACACCAGCCAGCAACGCUGCAAAUCACUGUGACCCAAAUGAGUCUUCCUUCCAAAGUCUCACCAGCUCCUUGUCAAACCAGCAAGAGGGGCGACCGGGGUCAUCGCAGACUCAGAUCAGCACUGGAGCCACCAGCUGCACAUUAGAUGACAUUGAUACUGAUUCCUCCAUUCGCUCCGUUUCAGAGCAAAAUUAUUCAAAUGGCAGUCAGAUCAACUCUGUGAACCCUGCUGUUUACCUGCCAGCAGACACAUACAGUAUUGUGGGCUCGCUGAAUCCAAACAGCAGAGGGACGUGUAUGAACGGGACCAACGGCAGCGGGUUGUACCCAGCGGGAGUGCAGCUACUGAACAUGUGCAGACUCCAGAGGAAGGAUUUGACCCCACAGCCACUGCCCUUACCUGGGGGGAUGUUUGGUAACAACGGAAGCUGGUUGGCAAACGGGGCGGAGCCUGUUAGACCUGAAGCCUCCAACCCGCAGCCUCUCCGCAUGGAAGACCUCCUGAAUAUCCGUCUGGAUCAGGUCACCUUUGACCUGUCACAGCCGCCCUAUGACUCACUGCAGACUUAUGAGUUUGAGGGCCGUGAUUCAAGGGCUGAGUCACUGAGCUCACUGGAGAGCGAUGGAGAGAAGGACGACGGGCGGGUGGCGGGAGGGAUGGAGGAGUUAAACCAGAAGUUUCAGAGGCUGGUGGAGAUCAUCAGAGAGAGAGAGAAGGAGAAGAAAGCAGAGGGAGGAGAGACGCGAGUGGCCGAGGGAGGGGAGACUGCAGAGGCUACUCUCGAUGAGACUCAUAAACAAAAGGAGGACAAAGAAAAAGAACAGCAGAGAUGGGAUUUCUAGACUGCAAUGAAGGAUAAGUUAGAGAGGAGAACUCACAUGACAGUGAUGGAUUUUAAACACAGCAGGGGUGGAAAAAUACACAGCCCCUGACAGAAAUCAUCUUGUUUCCCCCCCUGCCAGGAAAAAUCCAGGAGGCUGACAGUAUAGUCCAGAUUUGUGGUGGAAUCAGUGCACAGUGUUAUAGUUUUCACCUCGCCUAUGUUUAUGAAAUGCAUAUGGAAUCUGUCACUUUUCACACUGCUCUUGUAACUGAUAUGAAUAAUGCACUUGGGCUUUGAAAGCUAAAGUUAUAAAAAAUUAACUUUUUUGAAAUAUUGAUUCUGAGCCCUGAAAGCUGCAUUGUUAGAAAAUAGGCCUCAUCAAAUAUUGACCAGAAUUGUGAUAUUUAAUAUUGAUAGUUUAAUAGGGGCACGCUCACUAGGAAUCUUUGGAAUUUGAAUGAGACAUUUGCAUUUGAAUUGGAAAGUUUUCAAACUACACAAGCGUACAGCAAUGUAGGCUCACACUGCCACGUGCUCACAGAGCCUCUCCGAUGAGUGUAUACAUUUAUAUUCUGUAGCUCUGUAGAGAGAGUUCAACUCCAGCAAGUAGUCACCAUUACGGUAGCAGAACCUGCUCACUAUGCAAUUUGCACACAGCUAGAAAUGAUUAGAUUGUCACUGUCAAAGAUGUUGUGAAAGUACAGUAAAUAAUGUCCAUAUGUAGAUAAAUAUCAACUUCUGCUUUAGUGGUUAUCGCUCAAGAGUGGACAGUCUUUUGGGAGGGGGUCUUUAAUGGGAUCCACACAGGAAAUUAAGCAUCUGAUUGUCAGUUAUUAAACUGUUGCAGACUUACAAUAUACAAUGUUCCCCAUAAUUUCACCCACACAAGAUUAUUUAUAAUUGACAAUUGUGUUUGCAUUUGUGUUUGCGUCUGCUCGUCCAGAAUUAUCUCCAAAGGCUUAUUCAUCUCCCACGUUUUAAAGAGACAAAAUUAGGCAAAAGCCAUUAUGUGAUGCUGUACACACAGGCAUUGUUCUUGUGAUGAGUCCAGAACACAGAGGCAGCAGCAAAAUAAUCAUUAUUUUAAGAUGUGUAAUGUUAUUCAGGCAAUCUGUCAUUUGACAAUGACUCAUUUCUGUAGCUAUUUCAAAGCUCACUUAUUUUCAGAAGGUAUCCGGGUUAGUUAUUAAAAUAAUGACAUUAUUUUGAAUAAUAUGAUAAAAACGUAUUUGACUCUCUGCAAUUAUUCCCGCUCUCUAUCUUUCUCUACAGUGGGAAUUUAGGUCUUAAUCGGCUGCCCCUCUAACAAGAUUGCGAUGCUUUCAAACUAAAUUUGACAGAAAAUCUUUGGAGUCUUGACAAGAAAAAUGAGGUGUAAAAAAGGCUGGACUCCUCAGGCAACAGAAUGAAAUGCCGAGGAAAAGGAGUGGGAUAUUACAUGACGUGCCAAAUGAUAACUAGUCAUCAACACGCUGCAUAUUGUCAGCACACAGUGGGUAUCUUCUGGCAUAACACCAACUGCGACAGAAAUAUCAUCGUACAAAUGAUUAAGAAACGAGACAUAUCGUCACCUAGAGAUCAGGAACAGAUUUAAUUUAACAAUGAACUAAAUAUAGACGCAAGUUACAAUGAGAAAGACUUUCUGUACUAUCACUUCAAAAAAAGUUAGACAAAAAUAGAAUAACAAUGAAUUAAAAUAUGUUUGAAAUUGAAAUGUUUAAAAGCCAUAUUGCCAUUCACACACACUUUAAAGAGUGCCAAGAAGAGUGCUGUGAAGUAGAAAGACAGCAGUGUCUGUCCAGGCAGCUGCAAGUGACAGUGCAAUGGUGCCACCUAAAGUUAAGCAGAUGGAUUGCUUCUUUGCGUCGCCCAAGCAGUGAAUUGUAAUAUAACACAAUGUAACACAGCAGCUGCAAAUAUUGGCACAAAGAACACAACAGAAAAUAGAUUCAGCUAAGAUACAGGUCAUAGUUCAGUUUAUAAAGGCGAAAGGCUGGUUUCAUUCAUUUAGAUUUAAAACAAACAUUUAUUUGGGCAGAUUCUUGCUGCUGUGGGACACUCACUGUUUAUGGCUCACAUCCAGUUUAAGACUUCAAAGGGAGCUAAGGGGCCGUAUGAAAAUUAUGGGGGCAAGAGAAGAAAAAACAGCGCUUAGAAGAAAGUCUGAGAAAUAAACAUAGUUUUGUGAAGCAGGAACAUGUUUCUUGCUCUUCUAUCCUGUAAUCAUCUCUGACCCUUUAGGUUGGGACCCACUGAUGCAGUACGAAACUGGGAGCUGCAGAAAGAGCUAUUUAGGGACUGUACACAAAUUAUUUAAUUGGUAUAACUCACUUUGUCAUUUACAACCAAGGUCCACUAUAGAAUUUUGGGAUGAGCAGGGAAAGGCCUUUACUCGUUUAUUUUAUUCUAAAAAGAAAUAUAUCUAAAAACAUGAAAAAGAAGGAUGGGCCGUAGGUCAUGUGUGAUUUGCCAUAUGAAGAUUAGAUUAUUAUGUCAGUUUUAAGAAACAUAAUAGACAUGAAUCUCUGUUGAACAUUAUAUCUUCAGAGAGCGCAAUAUCUGUUAGCCUACUCUAGCUCCUAUCUUUACUUUAUUCAUCCUAAUUCAUCUUAACUAAAAACAGAACUACAGUAAUGUAAUUAGUUAUGUUAAAUCUUUCAUAUGUUGACAACUGAAUUGGUCACAACCAUCAGACAAUUGCAAAGACAUGGGGUUGCAAGUCAGCAUGGUUUCAUUUUAAGGGGUCACAAGCCAAAAAGGUUGCGUAACGCUGGACUGAAGCUCACAGAGAGACACAAGAACUUUUUUUUACUGUAACAUCCAUAGAUCUUGAUUUACAGGAUAAAUUACCUUUUCAAAAAUGCCCUGCAGGAGGCAGUAUAGUCAAACAUCACAUUUAAAACAGACCACAGUUUGGAUAUAAUCUCGACACUUUAUACCAAUACUGAGUACAGAUAAGGCAAGUUUUCUUGAGCAUUUUGAUAUACAAUUAUACAAAAAUUCCCCGUACAUGUCACCAUAAAAUCAGACCUUCAUCUGGACCAAUAAAGGCCAACAAAAUACCAAAUUUCAUAUACUGAUAACACGAAUCUCUGCGUACCAGUAUGCUGUGCUGCUCUGACAUAACAACUCAUAAAUGUGUCUAGCCAUCAUGCUAAUGAGCUUUAGCACUGCUCAUUUAAACAAUAAUUGCAUUUUGCCACUUAGGAUUUAAUUUAGGGACACUGCUACAACACUGUAGCUACUGCUGACUUCAGGGGGCUUUCCACUGUCAUUCUGUAGUCUGGAAAAUGAAAGAGGGUGGCAGCAAGCAAUGCAGCAGCAGACAAUUAGCAUCUAGCAGCAGACAUCACCUCUGGGCCCUCGAUUUGAUUUGAUUUGUCACUUUGAAAUAAAACAAAAAUGCAGGUUUAAUAUAGUAAGCAACUUGUGUAUGGCCUUGCAGUUGUUCCCCAUUAGAAAAAUACACAUAUACACAGUAUAUCCACACACAUGCCCUCUCACACAAAGUUCUUUAAUUGUAUUAAUCAUAUCUCAACAGACAAUAUGUACAUUUAUUUGGAAAAAGGAAAUACUGACAUUAAAAAUUUGCAAAUG